UUUCGUAGUUUAGUUUUGUAAUUAUUUUUCGGAAUGUCGGGUACUGUUAACGCCACGGCACAGGCCAUGGCCGAUCAGUUUACGUUUCAAACCACGGACUAUAUGGUUUUUGCCUUUAUGCUUAGCAUAUCGGCGGGCAUUGGGGUCUACUUUGGAUUCUUCGACAAAAGUGCCGACACCACCGAGGAGUAUCUGAUGGGUGGUAAACGUAUGAAGACUCUUCCGAUUGCCAUAUCCCUGGUGGCCAGUCAACUCUCGGCCAUCUCCAUAAUUAGCGUUCCGGCGGAGAUGUAUGCCUAUGGCAUCAAUUGGUAUAUGUGUGUUAUCACUAUUGUUUUGGUCGUUCCGAUACUUAACUAUAUAAUAAUACCGGUGUUCUACAACAAUAAUAUAACAAACUGUUAUGAGUAUCUGGAAUUAAGAUUUAAUCGUGCCACUCGUAAACUCCAAACCUUAAUUUUUGUGGUAACAUUCAUCUUCAUGCUGCCCAUUUACAUAUUUCUGCCGUCCCUGGCAUUUGCACAAGUUACCGGGUUCAAUGUGCAUAUCAUCAAUACGGUCGUUUGCGGCAUUUGCGUUUUCUACACAAUGAUUGGUGGCAUUAAGGCCGUCGUGUGGACAGAUGUGGUACAGGCAGGAGUUAUGGUUUUUUCUGUAGUGCUGGUGGGAAUCUUGGGCACAAUUCGAUUGGGCGGACUUGGCGAAGUAUUGCACAUUGCGGAUGAGGGCGGACGUCUGGAUUUCAACUACACCUUUGAUCUGUCUUCCCGUGCAACAUUCUGGAAUGUAUUUGGUUCGGCAAUAGUCACAUGGUCUGGUUAUGUGGGUCUUAAUCAGAGCUGUGUUCAACGCAUCGUUUCACUUCCAUCAUUGGCACAUGCCAAAAGAUCACUGGUGUUUUUUGGCAUUGGUUUCCUUCUAAUCAUGUCCUUCAACUGCUUUACGGGAAUCGUGAUGUAUGCUCGCUAUCAUGACUGUGAUCCCCUGACUCAGGGUGUGGUCAGUAAGCUGGACAAAAUGAUGCCCUAUUUCGUGCAGGAUAUAAUGGGUCACCUCACUGGAAUGCCCGGAAUCUUCAUCUCGUGCGUCUUUAGUGCUGCUCUCAGCACACUCUCAGCCAGCAUCAAUUCCUUAAGUGGAAUUGUUUACUUUGACUAUAUCAAACCCCAUAUUAAUCAUACGGAACACAAGGCCAAUGUCAUUAUGAAACUAUUUGUCUUCUUUUCCGGCAUCUAUUGCAUCUUUGGUGGCAUUGUUGUGGAAAAGUUUAGUUCCAUUUUACAAAUGGUGUAUUCUAUUGCUGGCAUAAGUUUUGGCUCAGUUACUGGGGUAUUUCUGCUUGGCAUGCUGGUUCCCAGAGCACAUGGCAGAGCUGCAUUUUGGAGCAUAAUUGUGAGCAUUGCUUGCUUGACUUACAUUGUCAUUGGCAGUUGGGGCAGGAAUCGUUAUGACUUUAUGCCAACAUCCACCGACAAUUGUCCGGGUCUGAAUGACACAGGAAUAUCCACUACAUCCUCCUUAAUUUCUCUACUAAAUACAACAACAUCAACGGCAGCCACAAUCCAGACUACACCAUUAAUAGAGAAAGAAUGGAACAUUUUGGACAUGUCCUUUAAUUGGUAUACAGUUAUUGGCUUUCUUAUCACUAGUCUGGUGGGUUUUUCACUCAGUUUUGUGUUGGAACCCGCGUCAGAUGCCAAAUUUGAUCCAAAACUCUUAUCGCCAGUGAUAAAGUCAUUUAUAAAAUACGAGUUGACGCCAGCGGAGGAACUUGUCGAGCUCAAUGUAAACAAACAAACAGAAAAAAUCAAGGAAUAAGCUUACCUUAAAAUCUAGAGUGUUAUAAACUAUAUUAGUAUUACAACAUAGUUACCUUAAACAUCCAGCAUAAACUCAUAAUAAAACAAAUAGAGACCAA